AUGAAACAGUUGAAUCUGGAUAUUGAGACUACGGGAACAACUAGAGUCACAGAAUUACAUGAGCUAGACGAGUUUCGAUAUCUUGAUUUCGAGAGCACGAGGUUGUAUAAGGAGAGAAUGAAGAGGUUGCACGACAAGAACAUUGUGGAGAGAAAUUUCAAGCCCAGAGACAUGGUGCUGCUUUAUAACUCAAGAUUAAGGCUAUUUCCGGGUAAACUUGCCAUAGAAAUUGCUUCAGAGAAAGACUCUCAUAUAUUUAGAGUCAAUGGGCAGAGAUUGAAACCAUAUGUAGGCAUGGAUGAACAAAAGGAAGUGUCAGUGAUCCAUCUGACUGAACCUCAGAGGUCGAGCGAGCCUUAA